AUGAUAGCCACCUGUAACUGCCACCGCAGCCACUCCCUGACCGUGGCCUCCAUGCUUAGGGGCUGCAUGUCCAUGAAGAAUGUGGACGAGCAGAUGCUUAACGUCCACAACAAGAGCAGGAGCUAUUUGGUUGCUCUCUGCGACAUCCUGCCCCAGGGGCUAAAAUUGCUUGCCCACUUUAUCAGCAACACCACGGGCACGCAGGAGCUGUUCCAGUGCCUGGAGGCCUUCCCGCACUGGGGCCCAGGCAAGGGCAUGGGCAAGGUGGAGUUCACCGAGGCUGAGAGCUAUAUGAACAACCAGGUGUCUGAGAACCAGCAGCAUCAGGAUGCCACAGCUAAAGAGGUGAGUGAGGAGGAGGCUGUGGCCUAG